AUGGCGGAUUACGAUGCCGGCCCGACUCACCACCACCCAAGUCUAAUCCAGAAAGAAACCGCUCUACAAGCUAUCAAUACCAUAAUCCAGCUCCAUUUCGAGAAAACCCUCGAGAAAAAAAGAUCCAUCGAUUUACAAAAAAAGGAACUAUGGAAGAUGUUUCAACAUUUCUUCAUCUUCUUGUCUUUAAUCUUUUUGGGUCAAGCUCUUUCCCCAAAGCUCCAAUGCCGCCAUUGUUGGAUACCCAUUGGGCUUCUCUCAUUAUCCCAUCUGAUUUUUUAUGUAUCUGUAGCUCAAACAUUGAGAUGCAUAAAUGGGUUCAAGUAUCAGAGGAGAUGUCAUAAAUUGACAUUAGGGUUAGCUACUGAGAGACUAAGACAGCUGAAGAUGAGAAUUAACAAUGGUGGUGUUGAAGAAAUUGGAGAUGAAUUUGAGAUACAUUAUCAAGAACCACCAGAGAGUUAUUUUGGUAAGUUUAAGAGGAAUUGGGCUUUGCAUUUUGGGUUCUUGAUUUUUAUUUAUGGAUUUAUGAUUUCUUCAUCUGUUGUAGUACUUUGUUUCUGAAAGUUUUUGUUUUUUUUUGCUUUUUUUUCUUGAGAUCUUCAAAAGAAUGAACUCUGGUUAGGAUUUGGAGUGGGGAUGGGGGCAGUUUUGGGAAUUUUGAUGGAAAAUAUUUAUUGUAAUUUAACAAAUUGGAUGAAGUAAUGGGUUUUGAUUUAUUUUUUUUGGUAGUAUGUUCAU